UCCAGCCAACGGCAGAUUCAGCCUCACCAGACUCCAGAUGCCUUCACAGAAAGCGCGCGUGUGUUUGCUGUGUUGGCUGUUCGCUUGUUUUUCUUGACUCAGACCGCUGAUAUUCGUACAACCGAGGGGUUAAGAGGUUUUAGUGCCCGUUUGGGGAGCACGUGGACGGCGUAUUUACGACCCUGCGGCUGCGCGCCUUCCUCCGCGGAGGUGGCGCAUCGGCGGCGGGGAUGAGUGAGAGGCGCAGAGGAGAUAAUCGAUGAAGACCACCACAGCCCCGGAGAAGCGUGGACAAGGUCAGAGCCGAGCCCGGGCGGGACUAUGUCCACGUGGAGGAGGCGGCAAAGGUCGGACUUCUCUGUUUCCUCCCCGGGGAAGAGGGACGUCCCCCUGAAAACCAAGAGCGAGAGUUCCCCUCCGCGCGUCGGCCGGCGGUCGCGUGACCAUGCCGGAGCGCGCCAUCUGACCAGCCUCGAGCUGUGCGGCUCCUCUCCCGUCCGUCUCUCGCCCUCACCCGGGGCCGUGAUCGGAUUCCAUUAGAGCGCGCAUCCAGCUGCGUUUUCCGGACGGUCACAUCUGCCCGGGCGUCGCCGCUGUCCAUGGUGCUGAAGCCGUGCUCCAGGAAUGGUGGAGACGCUGAGCAUCGCGGUGAUCGGGGCUCCCGGAGUGGGCAAAACUUCUAUAAUCCGCCAGUUCAUCUACAACGACUUCUCGGAGGCGUACACCCCGACCAGGAGCAGAUACGUGUACAGACCCUCCGUCAUCCUCAACGGAAGCAUGUACGAGCUGAAGGUUCUGGACGUCCCGCCAAUCUCUUCUUUCCCCGCAAGCGCCAGUCAGGAGUGGCUGGAUUUGCGCUGCCGAGGAGUCCGCAACGCCAACGCCUACAUCCUGGUGUACGACAUCUGCUGCGUGGAGAGCUUUGAAUAUGUCAAAAUGAUCAGACAGCAGAUAGUAGAGAACAGGGAGGGCAGCAGUAGUGAGGUGCCCAUCCUGGUGGUGGGUAACAAGAGGGAUUUGCAGCGUCAGCGCUUCAUGCCUCGCAGGGCGGUGUCGGUUCUGGUCAAGAAGACCUGGAAGUGCGGUUACGUGGAGUGCUCGGCAAAGUUUAACUGGCACGUGGUCCUGCUCUUCAAGGAGCUGCUGGGCAUUGCUGUGGCCCGGGGGAUGCGUCAGAACCACACCUCCAUCCGUCUGCAGGGGGCCCUACAGAGGAAUCGCUGCACCAUCAUGUGACCCUGAACGCUCCCUCCACCCAUCUCAGCUCUGGCGUGGAGAAGGAUGGAAAGACUUUUUAUCUAAAUGGCUGGAAAAAUACCCCGUGGCCUCCUGCUUAACUGAGCUGAUUUUUCAAAAUGAGGUUUAUUAGAAUUCUGCGCUGUAUAAGACACUAACAAUUUCACACACGGUCAUCCAGUUACUUCCUAGUGAAAUUCAGCCUACUGUAUCGAGACACAAAUUGGUGAGAGCCAAUACACUUAGCAAAGCACAGUUCCUUUUUCUUACAUCAGCUUGACGGCUAAACGUUUCAGGCUGUGCUUCCCAAUCUGACACAGCAGCAGGUCUGUAACCGGCCUGAGAGGAUGGACGCUGUGACGCUUGUGAGACUCAAAAUGGACGGACAGCAAUAUCAUCCAGUCUUCCUUUUGAAUUAAUCACAUUCAGUAAGGUCAGCUGUCACAUUUGGAUUUAUUUUAGGAUACGACGCUCCCCUGUUUCCCUCUGGAGAGUUUAUCUCAAAAUGUACAUAAAUACACAUUCCUUGAUAGUAUUUCAUUUAAGAAGUAGCCUUCAUUUGUUGGUCCUUUUCCUUUCCCUCCUACAAACUUAGCCAUAGUAAAUUCUUGCUUGCUAGACCAAGGGUGUUUAAAGGUUGUUUUUUGGGCAUCAAAUACUACAGUCCCUCCUCGUGAUGUACUGUAGAGCUUUAAUCUGUUCCCUCCUCUCACUCAAUGUCUGCUUCUGAUGAAUACAUUAAAUCCAGGGAACUGGGGACCUGCAGGAGGCUGCAGAGCCUCAACCUCUUCUCCUAACGUUGUUGUUUGUGUGUGUGUGUGUGUGUGUGAAUGCGUAUGUGAGCUUGUUUGUUAGAUUUGUGAGGCCAGACUAGAACGCUGGACUCUGCACUCUCAGUCAACAGCUGCUGUGGAGGUCCGAACAGCGGGGCAGCAUUAGUAUUAGGGUAAGGUUAUCAACUGUGAGUCGGGAUUUCAGUGUCAGCGAUGGAUCCCCACAAAUAGGGAGGUUACAGCGUGUGCGUGUGCAAGUGUGAAAGAGAGAGCGAGUGAACAAGGCAGACAGAGAGCCAGAUUUGAUAGCUGACAUUCAGGCAGGCAGAGGACAAACGCAGCAAGAUAUCAGACAGAUGUUAAAGCUUUGGAUCAGAAAGGAGCAAUAAAAUCCUGCAGCGGUGUCCUGACUGACUUUAUAAAAGCACUAUGUCAUAUUAAAAUGCCUCACACAGACACUGUAAUCCAUCUGCACUCACAUAUCUUGCAAGAAUAAGAAAGCAGAGCUCCAUGACUUCCACUAAAUGCCCCAUCAAAGACACGGAUGGAUCACUGAUGAAGGUUGGACAUCAAAAUCUCCACAAUCUCUUCUACAUAAAGGCUGCUUUUUCUUUUGACAAGGCCAACGUAGGUGCUUUGUGAAGAUAGGACAGGAGGUAAGAAGGCCGACUGUAUAUAAGAAUGAUUCAUAGAAUAAUGUCCUUGCAUGCUUUUGUUGGUAGAGCCAGCGAGUCAGGGUUAAUUGCACUGAAGUAAUGAUGUGACAGUGUGUCUAGAUUUUGUUAUUUGUGGUUCUCUGACGCUGUAAUGAGCAACUGAGUGGAUGAACGUGAUUGUCUUUCUUUUUUGUUGUUUUUCAGUGGCUUGUGAGCAAACUCAUGACUCAGUCUAAGAUGUGGUGUUGUCCCUUCAGUCAGGCCGGACGGUUGUUCCAGUAAGAUUAAGAUGAAAAGAAGAGAAAUAUGUAGCAGAGACACUCGGAGGAAAGUGUGUGUAGCAUGAGUUUUCAUCAGUUUGUGUAUGUGUGCAUCUCCAAAUAAAAGGGCUACAGUUUUUUAACAGAAACAUUACAUGUGUUUAUUUUUAUGGUGUUAGUAAUGUGAAUUUUUUUCGACACAUAAUGAAUUAAUAAAA